AAAUUUAUUGAGACAACGAGUGCAAUGAAGAACAUGAUGAGUAAUGUUGAGAAGGUGAAGAGAGAAUUGUUUGCACACGUCAUGAAAGGUGAAUGGGAGAAAGUCAUAAGUUUAUACAAGGAAGAUCCAACGGCUCAUGGGGUACAGAUGACCAAAACAGGGCACACGGCGCUGCACAUGGCAGUCUCCGAGGCCAAAGAUGAAGUCGUUGAACAAUUAGUAAAAGCCAUACAAACUAAUAAUAGUAGUAGUAGUAGUAGUAGUAGUAGUAGUAGUAGUAGUGAGACUGCUUCCAAAUCAAGCCCACUGAGCGUCGGGAACGAGCGAGGACAUACGGCCCUCCAUUACGCGGCAGCGAUGGGGGACGUCAAAAUGUGCAAAUCCAUUGCGGCUGCCGACUCGACACUCAUCGGCGUUGCCAACAGGUAGGGCGAGACACCCCUCUUUUGGGCAGUUAUGUACGGACAACCGGAUGCUUUCUUUUGCUUAAACUCCAUGUGCUUGGAGCAUGAGCAAUGCUUGUCUUAUUCUAUUAGAACAGAAGAUGAUCAAACUAUUCUUCAUUGUGCAAUCUUUGGGGAGGAUUUUGAGUUGGCAUUUAAAAUCAUUCAAAUGUACAAGGAACUUGUCAAUCAUCCUGAUAAGAAAGGACAUUCCCCUCUCCACACUUUAGCGAGCAAGCCCUCUUGCUUAACAAGUGGUAUAUAUCAUAAUCUUGGAGGAUGGGACAAAAUUAUUUAUAACUUAACCAUAGGACAAUCAUCAGAGUAUAUAGAGAAUCCUGAACGCGGGAGUACGCAUACAAGUAGGACAGAUGAUGGCCAUGGCUUCGUUCCGGUUACUCAUGCUACUUGCCUAAACCUGGUUAAGUUCAUAUACAAGGCAGUCCUGAUCACUUUUGGAUACGGAGAAUCAAGGAUAACUAAGAUACGUGAAGAGAAACAGAAGCACUUAUCCGCAGCUCACAUUGUGGACGAACUCUUAAUACAUUCUACUAUGUAUGAUGAUGAAGUAGUCUCUGCAGGGCAGUCUGAGACCAAUGAAGAAGAAAAUGAUAAGAAAGGUACCGAAACAACCAAGGAAACUGCCAUAUUAAUAGCGGCCAGAAAUGGCGUGUCAGAGAUUGUGGAAAGAAUUCUUCAGAAAUUUCCGGUGGCGAUUCAUGAUGCGAACCAUGAAAGGAAGAAUGUUCUGUUACUUGCGGCGGAGAACCGGCACUGGGAAGUGUACAAGCUAUUGCUAAAGAGGAAAGUGCCGAGAGGCCUUGUGUUUCGGAAAGUGGACAAUCAGGGAAACACUGCCUUGCAUUACGCUGCAAUGCUUGCUAACAAAACUAAGUACUUUUGGCCUAUUCCUGGUGAUGCUCUUCAGAUGCAGUGGGAGAUCAAAUGGUACAAGUUUGUUGAGAGAUCCAUGCCACCACGCUUCUACUUACGCCCCAACAAAGAUUGCAAAACCCCAGAAGAGAUCUUCUCCGAAGCCCAUGUACAGCUCGUCAAAGCUGGCAGCAAAUGGCUAACGACAACCUCAACGGCCUGCUCCGUCGUGGCCACCCUCAUCGCCACCGUGGCUUACGCCAGCACCACCACUUUUCCCGGUGGCACCGAUGAAAAAAGCGGCAAACCAACCCUUGAAAAGCAGCCAACAUUCAAUCUUUUCAUGAUAUCAUCACUGGUUGCCCUCUGUUUCUCAGUCACCGCCUUGAUCAUGUUCCUCACUAUCCUCACGUCGCGGCACCAGGAAAAAGAUUUCGGUACGGACUUGCCUAAAAGGCUUCUGCUGGGCUUAACUUCGCUCUCCAUUUCCAUAGUCGCCAUGCUUGCUUCGUUUUGCUCUGGCCAUUUCUUCGUCCUGGAAGAUAAACUCAAGUACGCUGCCUUUCUGGUGUAUGCGGUCAUAUUUGUACCCGUGUCCCUUUUUGCUGCUGCCCAGUUUCCAUUGUACCUUGAUCUUGUUCGAGCUACGUUUUGGAGCCCAUUUUGACACUACUUGCCUUAUAAGUAGUAAUUAAAGCUAUAUAUUCUAAUCAAAUAAAAUAUAAAUGUAAUGCCGGUACAUAGUUAUAUUUAUUGUUGGUUCUGUUCAAUAUAAAUGCUCUGAGAAAAUUUGUAUGAACCAAGAAGAAAAGAGACUUCCUUUUUUCAGAAAAA